CCCGUUAGACCGGUUCUUGUAAAGCUUAAGCUCCCGACACAAAUAACUAUAAGGAAAAUGUGAUGAGAAUUGUUUAGUACUUUGUUAAAGUUGAUACAUAUUGGCAGUCACCUCACAGGAUAACAGUAUUUUAUUGGACACCGAUAUGGCGAAGGCAUUGCAAAUAUUUGGGGCGAUAGCAGCGCUGAUAAUAAAAUUUAUCCUCAUAAUGGCUAUACGGCAAUGGAUAAAAACCUGCUGCUGCAAUGACAAUAAAAGUGAGUGUACAGAUGAGCAGAGAAUCGAGCAAACAAACGGACAGACAAACGAAACGUACGUGUCGACGGACCAACCCACGGAGCUCUACACAAAAACAUCCACACCACCGCCCUCCUAUAGAGAAACGGUCAAGACUGAACCCACUUUACCAAUAGUGGCCAAUCUACCCACAGAUCCACCGAACCCUCAAGCCACUGACACAAAGUCAAUAAAAUUGGACAUUAUCAGUAGCUGAAUGGAUAUUGCAGUUAGUAUAGCAAUAAAUGUAUUUAUUUACCCUCAUUUAAAAGAAGGUAAUACCUAUUUCGAAUGGGAAUAUCAUAUUUUGUGCACUCCCUUAAUCUUAUUACCACAGUACUGAUAAAAAUUAUUAUAUUAUUAAAAUAAACAAUAGAUACAGAACUAUUUCCUAUAGGUACUAUAGA